AUGCGGUCCAUACGACAUCUUGCUCGGCUGACUUCGAGGGUUUCGGUUCCACGACAAUCUGAUGGCGCCCUCGUGUUCACAAGACAUGUUGCGUCAAGCUCGGCGGCUGCUGAGCAGCCAGAGCCCCAGCCAACCCAUACGAUUCCUCCUCCUCCGCCUCCGAGCGUCCUUUCGCGUCGGGACCGCAUUCGCGAUGCUAAGCCCUUCUCAGACUUUCUAACGGAUACCUUUCACCGGCAGCAUGACUAUCUGCGCAUCUCCGUCACUGAAAGGUGUAACCUGAGAUGUCUGUACUGCAUGCCGGAAGAAGGCGUUCCGCUGUCUCCUGAUAGGAAUCUCCUGACCAGCCCCGAGAUUGUUAUGCUGUCAUCCAUCUUUGUAUCACAAGGUGUGUCCAAAAUUCGGCUCACUGGAGGGGAGCCCACGGUAAGGCGAGACAUCUUGCCUCUCAUGCACCAACUCGGUGCGCUACGCCCGUACGGGCUCCGUGAACUAUGUAUCACUACCAAUGGCAUUUCAUUACAUCGGAAACUGGAUAGCAUGAUCGAGUCUGGGCUCACUGGAGUAAAUCUGAGUCUUGAUACCUUAGACCCAUGGCAGUUCCAGAUCAUGACAAGGAGAAAGGGCUUUGAUGCUGUCCAGAAAAGCAUCGACCGCAUCCUAGAGAUGAACUCGCUGGGUGCUGGAGUCAAGUUGAAAAUCAACUGCGUUGUGAUGCGUGGCCUCAACGACCGAGAGAUUCUUCCCUUUGUCGAGCUGACUCGAGAGAAAGAUCUCGAGGUGCGCUUCAUCGAGUACAUGCCAUUUGACGGCAACAAGUGGAGCAAGGGUAAAAUGUUCUCGUACAAUGAGAUGCUGGACGUAAUCCGGGGCAAGUAUCCCGACUUGCACAAGGUCCGUGACGAAAAGAACGAUACAAGUAAGACUUGGAAAAUACCUGGAUUUGCAGGCCGCCUCGGCUUCAUCACAAGUAUGACGCAUAAUUUCUGCGGCACCUGCAAUCGACUUCGGAUUACGAGCGACGGGAAUCUCAAGGUCUGCCUCUUUGGAAACGCCGAGGUAUCCUUGCGGGAUAUCCUGAGAAAAUCCAACAGCGGAGAUCCCAUAGAUGAAGAGGCGUUUGAGGCCAUGAAGCAGAUUGAGAUGAACCGCCGGCAAGGUCUCGCCGGCACCGAGCUUCCCUUGGGAGUAGCACCAAACGAAGCCGAGCUUCUUGACGUUAUCAGAAUAGCUGUCAAGGGGAAGAAGGCGAAACAUGCCGGUCUUGGAGAGCUAGAGCACAUGAAGAACCGGCCGAUGAUAUUGAUAGCACGACAGCUUAUCAGUCGUGCUAUGCUAUGGUCUAGUGCAUCACCAGCAGCUACUUCUGGGUAUUUUGGACAACAGCAGCAACUACGACGACUGUCCAGCUCUCGGAGCCUAAGAAACGACAAGGAGGACAAGAAUCAACGCACGGCACGCCUCACGCAUGUAUCCGAGUCGGGUUCGGCACACAUGGUCAACAUUUCGGAAAAGCAAGUGACGUCACGCGUAGCCACGGCCGCCUGCGCGGUGCACUUCUCGGACGAUACGGCAAUCAAGUUGAUACGGGAGAACCAGAUGAAGAAGGGCGACGUUCUCGGCGUGGCUCGCGUUGCCGGCAUCAUGGCGGCGAAGCGAACGCCGGAUCUCAUCCCGCUGUGUCACCCCAUUGCCAUUUCACGUGUGAGCGUCGACCUGGAAGUCGCGGGGAACCGCCAGAUCGAGAUCAGGGCGACGGUAUCGUGCGAUGGGAAGACGGGGGUGGAGAUGGAGGCGCUCACCGCGGCGUCAUCGGCGGCCCUGACGGUGUACGAUAUGUGCAAGGCUGUGGACAAGGGGAUGAAGAUUGAAGGGCUUCGAGUUGUUCUCAAGGACGGGGGGAAGAGUGGUAGAUGGGAGAUGCCUUGA